CUGGAGGGUCUGGCUAGAGCGAGCGAGGAGGACGAGCUUGGGGGCAUUGGGGAGACGGGCAAGUUGGCUCAGGAAGGCUGUGCCUACACCUCCGACUCCUGCGAUGCUGUGAGUAUUUUGUUCGAGAAAUUGGGGUAUGUAGUGUAUGAGUGUUGUUGUUGGUUGUAGAUGUUUUUUUGGUACGUACCAAUGACACCGAGAUAGACGGGGCUCGACAUGAUGGUAGGCAAUUGAUCGGGAACUGGGCUUGAAUGGUAACCGGAAGUAAACCAGAUAUCUAAGACGAGAAUAAGCACCCCCAGAAAGACCAGGGAAACAGAGAGACGUACGAACAGAGAAGAAGUUGAAUGAAGAUGGAAUGACAAGUCUGGAGGGGCCUUCCGCGGGGCCAUCUAUGAAGGUCCUUAGUCAUACCUGCCUAUUCCCACUUAGUCCACAUCAGUUCAAUCACGCCUUAUCGAUUACGGCCGCAUUCCCAUAUCUCCCUUCAAAACUUCUACACCUUACUCCAACACCUCCAACAAUCCCCCAAACAUGUCGAAUUCAAAUUCGCUAUACGGCAUCCCUCGCUCCAAAUCAACUUCCCAAUCCCAAUCCAAUGCCCCUUCAUCCUCCACCCUCGCCUUCACGACAGCUCUUUCCUCCCUCAUCAACAAAGACGCCGACGCCUCCACCCGCGGCCGACCCCGACCAUCCAAAACCACCAAGUCAGACAUCUUCGCGCGUCCCAACAAAGGCGCCCAGAAACGUGCCGCCGCUGACCUCCGCAACGAUGACACUCACCAAACACACCAGCGGUCCCAAGAUAUCGGGGGCGUAGACACGGCCACGCUGCACCGCUCCAAGCGGCGGAUGGAGGAGAAGGCGCGGAUGUACGAGGACCUCAAGAAGGGGCUGUAUCUGGCGGCCGGGAGCGACUCGGAAGAAGAAGAAACGCAGGACGAGUAUCUGGCGCGACUACGGCGGCGGGAGAAAGAGGGGCUGGUGGAUUUCGAUCAGAAAUGGGCAGAUGCCCAGCGAGGCAAAGGCUCUGGGAGUGAUGGCGAGGAGGAAGAGGAGGAGGAGGAUGAUGGAAAUGCUUCGAUUGUGUCCUAUGAGGAUGAGCUUGGUCGGACUCGUCGGGGGACCAGGGCCGACGCGGCUCGUGCGGCCCGGUUGAAGGAAGAAGCAACCGAACAGGGUGACGCGAAGGAACGUUGGCGUCCUUCCCGGCCGGACAAUCUGAUCUACGGGGCUGCUGUGCAGGCGGAGGCGUUCAAUCCUGAUGCGGGCCUGGCGGCGCAGAUGUCGUAUCUGGCUAAGCGGAGAGACCGGUCUCCUACUCCGGAAGAGACGCAUUAUGAUGCGGACGCGGAGGUCCGGAAUCGGGGUACCGGAUUUUAUGCCUUCUCCAAGGAUGAGAAUGUGCGUCGGCAGCAGAUGGAGGAGCUUAUGAACGCGCGAGAUGAAACUCAGCGUGAGCGAGAAGUCCGCCGAGCGAGAAAGGCGGAGCGAGAGCGGGUGAAGGAUGAACGGAGGAAGAAGAUUGGAGAGCUACGGUCAAAAAGGCAAGCAGAGAUAUUUCUUGCUAAGCUGGGAGAUGUUGGCGUUUGAUGUCUUUUUCUGUAUAUUAUGCUCUAAGUUUUCUAAGA